AUGAGGUUGAUAUCGCUUCUCACCUGCUUCGUCGCCUUUCUGGCGCCGCUCGCCUCCGCUCUUAACCUCCUUGAAUCCAAUGCGCUCAGUGUGUGCAUGGAAAGUAGUAACUUCACGGCAACAUAUUUCAACGUUGUCUUCUACCCAAGCAACAACUCUCUCGUGAUCGGAUUCGAUGGCGUCUCAUACAUCACGGGUAAGGUCGUUGCGGAGAUGACUCUUACCGCGUAUGGCUACGAGGCUUAUUCUAAAACCCUGAACCCCUGUGAAAUCGAGGGCUUUGGCAUGUGUCCAAUGGCCGCCGGACCCAUGGAUUUGGGUCCUCUCUCUCUUGACCUGCCAGCUGACACCGCUAGCAAUAUCCCGGGCAUUGCCUUUUCGGUUCCUGAUCUUGAUGCAAAUGUGCGGAUCGUCAUCAAAACCGCCGACACCAAAGAGAAGAUUGCUUGCGUUGAGGCCUCGCUUUCCAAUGGUAAAACUGUGUACCAGGUUGGAGUUUCGUGGACAACCGCUAUCAUCUCAGGUCUGGGUCUAGCUGCAUCAGCAAUUACCUCCGGACUUGGCCAUUCUAAUACAGCAGCUCACGUUGCGGCUAAUGCGCUCUCUCUCUUCGGAUUUAUGCAAUCGCAAGCGAUUAUCGGGAUGACCUCUGUUCACAUGCCCCCGAUUGUGCAGUCGUGGACUCAGAACUUCCAGUGGAGCAUGGGUAUCAUCCGUGUUGGCUUUAUUCAAACUAUUGCUACCUGGUAUCAGCGGGCGACCGGCGGAACCCCGUCCACUGUCCUGUCACAACUUGGUGAUACUUCCGUGGAGGUUCUCAAGCGCCGCAAACGUGAUCUGUCUGACUCUGCAAUGGGCCUUGUGAAGAGAUCCGCUGAAGGCAUGAUCAAGCGCGCAACUGGUAUGGUCAAGAGAGCCGACUCGAACCAGAAACUUCUUGUCAUUCGAGGAAUUGAUCGUGUUGGAUUCCGUGCCAACAUCGAGGAAACCAACAUUUUCCUUACUGGGUUGAUUUUCUUCGCAGCCUUCACUGUUAUUGUCGUCCUCAUUGUUGCGGCCUUCAAAGGAAUUACCGAGAUGCUUGUCAAGCAUGGUAAAAUGAAGAGCGACCGCUUCCAGGACUUCCGCAACGGAUGGAGGGUCGUUCUUCGGGGUAUUCUGUUCCGAUUGACUCUCAUCGGCUUCCCUCAGAUGUGUGUGCUUUGCUUGUGGGAGUUCACUCAGCGCGACUCUGCAGCUGAGGUUGUUCUCGCGGUGGUUAUGAUUCUCUCCAUGCUUCUCUCGCUUGGAUGGGCCUCGCAGAAGGUCAUUCGAUUGGCAAAGCGUUCCGUCACUAUGCACAAGAACCCGGCCUACAUACUGUACUCUGAUCCGUCUUGUCUCAACAAGUGGGGAUUCUUGUAUGUGCAGUACCGUGCGACAGCAUAUUACUUCGUUGUCCCAUUCCUCAUCUACACUCUGAUCAAGGGUAUGUUCAUCGGUCUGAGUCAGCCUGCGCCAAUCGUCCAGACAGUGGCCCUGUUGAUCCUUGAACUCGCGAUGCUGGUUGGAGUCUGCGUUCUUCGCCCAUGGAUGGACAAGAAGACCAACAUCUUCAAUAUCUCCAUCGCCGUGGUCAACUUCCUCAAUUCCGUUUUCCUGCUGGUUUUCUCGGAUGUGUUCAACCCCCUCCAAUGA